UGCGGCGCUGUCCUCCGCUCGCGGCGCGUCCGUCGCGUGGCCUGGCAGCCAUGCAUCCCCCGCCCCCGGGCCCGCUGGGCGACUGCCUGCGGGACUGGGAGGAGCUGCAGCAGGACUUCCAGAGCAUCCAGGAGACCCACCGGCUGUAUCGCCUGAAGUUGGAGGAGCUGACCAAACUGCAGAACAAUUGUACCAGCUCCAUCACUCGACAGAAGAAGCGGCUCCAGGAGCUGGCCCUCGUCCUGAAAAAAUGCAAACCCUCCCUCCCAUCGGGGCCAGAGGAGGCUGCACAGGAGCUGGAGAACCAGAUCAAGGAGCGCCAAGGACUCUUCUUCGAUAUGGAGGCCUAUUUGCCCAAGAAGAAUGGGUUGUACCUGAGCCUGGUUCUAGGCAACGUCAACGUGACCCUCCUGAGCAAGCAGGCUAAGUUUGCCUACAAAGACGAGUAUGAGAAGUUCAAGCUCUACCUCACCAUCAUCCUCAUCCUCAUCUCCUUCACCUGCCGCUUCCUCCUCAACUCCAGGGUGACAGACGCUGCCUUCAACUUCCUUCUGGUCUGGUAUUACUGCACCCUGACCAUCCGAGAGAGCAUCCUCAUCAACAAUGGCUCCCGGAUCAAAGGCUGGUGGGUUUUCCAUCAUUACGUGUCCACGUUCCUGUCAGGAGUCAUGUUGACAUGGCCUGACGGCCUCAUGUACCAGAAGUUCCGGAACCAGUUUCUGUCCUUCUCCAUGUACCAGAGUUUUGUGCAGUUCCUCCAGUAUUACUACCAGAGUGGCUGUCUGUACCGCCUGCGGGCCUUGGGCGAGAGGCACACCAUGGACCUCACCGUGGAGGGCUUCCAGUCCUGGAUGUGGCGGGGCCUCACCUUCCUGCUGCCCUUUCUUUUCUUUGGACAUUUCUGGCAGCUUUUUAACGCGCUGACGUUGUUCAGCCUGGCCCGGGACCCUGCGUGCAAGGAGUGGCAGGUGCUCAUGUGUGGCCUCCCCUUCCUCCUCCUCUUCCUUGGCAAUUUCUUCACCACCCUGCGGGUUGUGCACCAGAAGUUCCACAGUCAGCGGCAUGGGAGCAAGAAGGAGUGAGGCUGGGCCUUCCCCUGCCUGCAGGCACGGCUCCUUACAGCACCCCUGGCCUAGAAGGGGCUUCUGUACCCCACGUGUUGAGGGAGUGGGGGAUCCCCUCGUCCUGGUCUCUUCUGCUCUCCCCUGGGUUUUGUGGGCUCUGUGGGCCCCUAAGGCUAUGCUGGGGAAGAAGACCUGGGCCUGGGUCCCAGCCCUGCUGGGGGCCAGCCGCCUCAAUAAAUGGAGAGGCACAAAGGUGGCUUGAGGUGUGUUCUGAGGGUACGGC